GUUGGCGGAACGCUCGGCGAGUGGCCCGCUCAGCAUAGGUAUAUAUUGUCUUGACACUGUUGCUGCCUCAUGGAUCAUAUUCAUUGGCAGCUCGACCAUACAUAGCCGAUUCUUCUUUUCUAUUCGAACUAUCGCAAUGAGUUCAAGCGAGUUUCGCAUCGGAAGCAUUCAUGUGCUACAGACCGACGCGACCCCGCUGAACGAGCCUGGAGCAAGGUAUGAGGGCCUCAAUCAACGUACCACUGUGCUUCCCGUUGGCUACAAAAAAGAGCCCGACUGUAGAGCUUGGGAUACAGAAGCUGUGUUCGAGCAAGACAUACCGAUUCCCUUGCGCGACGGAGUCGUGAUACGUGCAGAUGUAUUUCGCCCUGCCAACAUGUCUACCGUGCCCGCCAUCGUGCAUUAUUCACCGUAUGGGAAAUCCGGCUCAGGAUUUUUCGACCUCAACCUCAUCCCAGGUCGAUCUGGAAUACCGCGAAGCGCAGUGUCUGGCUUCCAAAGCUUUGAAGCCUUCGAUCCUGCCGAAUGGGUAACACACGGCUACGCAGUAGUCAACGUCGACGCAAGGGGCGUUUUUGGUCCGUAUAAUGUUGAUUGUCUGGAAAUGUACACACACGCUGACUAUGAACCAGGAUCUGAGGGAAACUCUAGGUUCCUAGGAACAGCGGAAGGUCGAGAUGGUCACGAUGUUGUUGAGCAUAUAUCUCAACUCUCGUGGUGUACUGGCAAAGUUGCAUUAGCUGGUAACUCCUGGCUCGCCAUGACGCAGUGGUUUAUUGCAGCUGAGCGACCUCCUCAUCUCACAUGUAUACUGCCUCUGGAGGGUUCCAGUGACCUCUAUCGAGAAGUUCUCUGUCGAGGCGGUGUUCCAUCGUAUCAUUUCUUUGGUUUCGUCAAUCCUUUUCUCUACGGAAACCAACAGCGGGAAGAUGUCAUUGCUAUGUUGCAGAGAUAUCCUGCCAUGAAUGAGUACUGGCAGGACAAGCGUGCUGACAUAAGCUCCAUCCAAUGCCCUGCCUACGUUCUGGCUAGCAUGUCGACUGUACUGCACACAGUUGGGUCGCUCCGAGGGUUCGAGGAUAUUCGGCACGAAAAGAAAUGGCUCCGACUACACUCUACCCAGGAAUGGCAUGAUCUUUACCAGAAGCAUUCCAUCGCCGACUUCAAGAAAUUUCUCGAUUUCUACAUGAAGGGGCAAGACAAUGGCUGGGAGCAAACUCCCCGAGCACGAAUUUCGGUCAUACGCUAUAACACGGCAAACGUCGAUAACCUACCUUUCACUGCGUGGCCGGUACCCGAGGCUGAAGACAUUCACCUGCGUCUCUCGACAGACGGCACUCUCCAGUCCUCCUCUGAACUUGUUAAAGGUGGACAAUGUUCUUAUGCAUCCGACGCCAAGGCAGAGAAUUUUGAUGCUGAUCCCGAGGAAUUAAGCUUCACCUACACCUUUGCCAAGCAAACGAGGCUGAUCGGAAGCUCAAAGGCUGUGCUUUACAUGUCCUGCCCAGAUCAUGAUGAUCUUGACGUCUUCGUUAUACUCCGCAAAAUCGACAAGGAUGGCCGCAUUCUUCGCAACUGCAACAUACCAUUUGCCGAGCUCAAAGCCGUAGGAGGCGACGGUAUUGAUGAUAUCGUGGACCCCCAUGAAUUGCCUACUCUCAAUACGCUGCAGUACGUCGGACCAUCCGGCAUCUUGCGUGCUAGCCAUCGAGAGAUUGAGUCGAGCAUCUCGAAGCACAACUUUCCGCAUCACAAGCACACAAGUGAAGCGAAGAUUUCUCCUGGACAGGUUGUCAAGCUAGAGAUUGGGAUAUGGGCUGCUGGAAUCCAGUUUGAAGCUGGCGAAAAGUUGGUGCUUCGUGUCAGUGGGCAUGAUAUGCGAUUGCCUGAGUUCGAGGCUUUGCGAGGAAGUUUUACCACGGCUAAUAAAGGUAGACAUGUAAUUCAUGUGGGAGGUGAGCAUGACAGUCAUAUAGUCUUACCUCUUCUUGAGUACUAGAUGCGAUAGGGAGAGACACGUAUGAUAGCCUAAUAGCAAGCAAAAAGCGUCUUCGAUAAACGAUUGAUUGAGGAAAGCUAUCCAUCCUCUAUGUGUCUUUGGUUGCCUAAAAUCGGCAGAAAUAUAUACAAGGAACGUAAAGCUAUACGACCAGAUUCUUUUAUUCC